AUGGACCCAGCAGGCCGCCCAUUUCACACACACAACCGCCACAUCAGCGUGGGGGAGGGGCUGCAGAACCAGCCCAGCGGGUUUGGGGAGCCCAAGCCGCCCUUCGAAGGCCGCAGCCAACUGGGCAGUGGAGGGAGGCUUGAGCGGCCUCUUAGCCCUUGGCUAACUACUGACUGCUCUUCCGAGGCAGAACGGCAGGCAGUGCAGCCCCAGCGAGGCCUCGUGCCCGCGUGGGCCUUGGGAGUCCGGGGCUGCAACGGAGAUCGGGGUCCUCAACCCGCUUCGAGCGGCUCGCCCGACCCGGCCUCGGCUCCCCCCGCGGCUGCCACUGCCGGAGCCGCGCCUGGGGGGUUCGCGGGGGGGGGGGGGCGAGCGAGUGCGGGAAUCACGGCGCGCGACGCCCCCCGAGGCCUAAGGCCCCCCGAGACCCGUCAUCAGGAUCGCGGGCGCCGAGCCUUGCAGGCUCUUAGGGCCCGGGACUGCCUCCCGGCUCCCAGGGACAACCGGGGAAAAGCAGGAUGGCGGAAGGAAGGAGGAGAGCCGGCCGCCAUUAGCCAUAGCAGUAUUGAGCGGCCGGGCGGCUUCAGCCUUGACUCCAACCCGACCCAACCCUCGGCUCGGCUCAAAAACCUGAAAAUAAAACUCAUGUUUGGGAGGGAGGAGCGAGCGCGGCCCGGAGGACCAGCAGCGCCGGGCUGCAGGCGGGAGAGAUGCUGCGUCAUGGUGCCAACAUGGACGCCGGCCUUUUGUCCUUCUUCUCUUUGGAAGAGCAGGCGAGCACCGGAGCCCCGAAAAGCUGGCUUCCGGGUGCAGAAACCCCACAAUCAAAUGGGAACGACACUUAGGAUGGGUGGGAAGGUUUCCUCGCCUUUUUAGUCCCUCCAGUCUCCAAACCACUUCAAUUUCUUCUCUGCCACCAAGGUUCAGACCUGAGGCGAGCCCAAGGAACUAGCGCAGGCAGCUCCAUGGAUGCCCCAGGGUACUGAGGACAGGCUCUCUUCGCCUUUGGAGCAAAAGAGGCAGAGGGGUCUGGAGAGCCCUUGUCCCCUCACCCACCCACUGCAAUCGGCUGCCAAACUCAAGAAGCCCCAGUUCCCAGUCAUCUGCCCAUGGCCUGCUCAAGCAAGAAUUCCUCGAAGGGGGCAAAAAAACACUUUAAAUUUCUUUUUAAUUUUAGUUUUUUUUUUACUUACCCGCUCAGACCGGUGCCAUGGAGUCUAGAAGAAAAAGCUGGGCGUUGUUUUUGGAGAUGUUAUUAUAAAAAUAACAGGGUUUUUUUUGGGGGGGGGGUGUAGUUUGGUUGUUUAGUUGGGGGAAAAAUCUGGGGUUAUGGUGUCCCUUUGUUGUUACCUGUUUUGUAAGUUACACUCAUGGUAUUUCUGCUCCUUCCACGACUGCAAACUUUCCAGGGUUGGGCUGGCAAAAAGGCGGCUUCGCUGAGGACUGUUUACUGCUCUGGAUUUACCAAUCGUGUGAUCGUCAUUAAGGAACAAAAGGCGAAAACACAAGUCAAAUCAAACAAAAGGCAAAAUUGCUCACCAGCCAUCCCAACCGACCUAGAAAAGACCACCGAGUUAACGUAGGUGUUUGGCAUGAACCGGCUAGGGCUUGUUUUCCAGUUUUAAUCUAGUUUUCAGUGACGGCUUUCGGUCUUUUUUAUACAAAAUGUCUUCCUUUCUCUCACCCUCCACCACCCCACACCCAAGUCGAGAAAAACAGCUGUUUUUCUUCAAAUAGAUCGAUUUUCAAAGAAAGUGUACGAGCUACUGGGAAGAAAUCUGAAUAGCAACUAUUGCUGUAAACAUUUCUUUUUCUUCAAAAAAAGCUCGAAGCUAAAAAUCGUAGCUUUAUAGAAGCAAACGUCUAAAAGCAUUUUAACUGACUUACAUCAGACAGAGACAAAGACACACAUGCAGAUGAAGGUUCCGAAAAUUCAGGACAUCUCAGGCGACAGUAACACGAAAACGGCAGUGCAGUAAGGACAGAAUGGAUUGGGUACUUACAAUGUAAAAGGUUUUUAGAAAAUUUAACAGUAACAACCGCUCACAGUUUUUUUUUGUUAUUGUUGCCGUUUCGCUACAACUAUACAUUUAAAACAUUACCUUGUUAAAAAUAGAGUUAAUAAGAUGGUCAGGCUUAAGUGUUUAAUAAAGGAAACUAUAUUUAAAAAUUUAUUGUUCAGUCAAGAGAAUACAGAUUAAGACAGCUCCAAGCUCCCCCUCCACCCACCCAAGAAAAAAAAAAGAGGAAAAAAAUUAAAUAUGUCAUUUACUUAGGUUUUUUUGAAUUCAAAACUGUUAACUGCUGACAUUAAUAGUGUGCUAUGACCUAGUUAUACAAGACAAAGAUGGAUUCCAAGUCAAGGAAAAAUCCAGAUCUUUUUAAAAGGUCUUCUUCAUUCUUCCAAGUGUGAGUCCUUUGGCAAAUGUUAAACACAUUCAGGCGUCCUGAACUGGAUGGUGGAGUCAAAGGAAAAGCAUUCCCCAUUUGCAACAAAGGAAAAACCCACUUGGCCAUUUAAUUCCAUUGCAGAAAAAUGGCUCCCCUCAUCUGUUGGCCUCUCCUUGGAGUCUGAUGAAGGAUGUUUUGAGAUCAGCGUCUAAUAACUCAAGCCCUAUAGAAGCCGCGUGCUGAUUGGCUGCCGCGCCCUGCCGCCCUGCUCCAGCCAAUUACCUACCCACGGCCAAAUUACAAACCCCCGAAAAGAGCCCCAAUAUGAAAUACACCAGCACGAAGCCCCGGCGAGGCGGCUGCUUCGCCUCGGCAGCCCGAGAAGAGAGACCGAGGGGUCUGCAAACAGAUCCACGCGAAAGCCGGGGAAGCCUCAGAGUUGAACUCACAAAAUGGAAGCCGAGCGCUGAUUGGCCGCCGCCACUCCCGGACCUUUAAUAAAGAAAGGGGGAAGGAAAACGAUAAAUGCAAAAAAGGGGACUCUCUGUCGCUUGUGGCUGGAGGAAGGAGCAUGUGUUCAAGACAAUUACUGGGCGCUCCCCUCCAAAAAUAAAAAUAGAAAGGAAAAAAGAAAAAAAAUAAUAAAGAGCUAUCUUCCCGGUCCAGGCGAGGGUUGUAUCCUCCCAGGAAUGUGAAGGCUACUGUGGUUCCAAACCUUGGUUUCCCC